AAGCCGAAAAGCGCAGAGCAGUCACGCAAUCGAUGGGUAGAAGGAGAAGUCAAGCUUCUCAUUUCAAUCUAUGGAGAGGAAUAUAAGAACAGAGAUAAAGGAAGAAACCUGGAUUCCAUGUGGGAGAAAAUAGAAGCCAGAUUAGCGGAAGAGUCUAAAGAAGUCCUUAAUAUACAUUGCCAAAAGUCAGCCAAGAAUUGCCGUGAUAAAAUAAACAAUCUCAGCAAAAAAUACAAGAACGUGAAAGACAAAAGCAAAAUGAUAGGGGAGGGCAGCGAAAACAUCAAAUCAUUUCCCGAGUUUGAUGAAUUAGAUCAGAUUUGGGGAACAAGAGAUUCUGUGAAUCCUAAGUAUGUAAUGGAGGCAGGAACGUCUAAGUCAGCCAUCGCCACACCAAGUCCAAAUUCCUCCAUGUCUUCCCCAGGUAGUGGAGAUGGUACUUCGUUUGGCCCCCUCGAGGAUAGCAGUGAUGAAAUGGAUGAAACCCUAUCCUUGUCUUCUGCAAUUGCCAGACCUUCUAGGAGUGAAAAAACAGAAAAGGGACGUGGACAAGAGAAAAGAAAACGAAGUCAGCCUUCGAAUAACGAUGACAGCAACAAAGAUGAGGAUUUAGAAUAUUCAUCUAGUUUGUUUUUCAAAAAGAAGCAAAAACAACCAGAUUCCAAAAAAAAGGGCAAAUCACCAAAAAACACAAAGCAGAAAGCGCAAAAAGGGGCCAAGAAAGAAGAUGAAGAGGAUGAAAUGUAUGCUGAGCUAAUCAAAGCGCAAACGGAGGCCUUAAGGAAGACAGAAGAAGAAAGGAGAGAACUUUUUGACUACCUGCGAGAGUCAGACAACCGCACCCAAGAGUUAGUUCUCGGUGCUAUCCGCGAGCUAGGCGAAAUUCUGAAAAAGUAA